AUGAGAAGCAUUGCCUGCCACGCCCUGGAGCCUCACGAGGUCCCCUUACCCCGCCAGCAGGACAAGGAAUAUGUGGUUUCCGGUUUCGAGGCCCUCCCCCACCAGCUGCACCACAGGUCUGUCAAGAAAGUGUUUGACUUCACACUCACGGUGGCAGGGGAGGCAGGGCUGGGAAAAUCCACCCUCAACAGCCUCUGUGAGGACCGACAGGUGCCAGGGCCCAGCGGUGAGUGCUCUCUCACUGGACUCAAACGCUGACCGCUGACUGUCGAGCAGCACGGUGCGGAGAUAGAGGGAAUGAAGGUGAAGCUGACCUUGGCGGACACGCCCGGCUUUGGGGACGCUGCGGACUGCGCAGACUGCUGGUUGCCAGAGGUUCGCUUCAUUGAGGAACAAUUUGAGCAGUAUCGCCGGGAUGAGAGCAGCUUGAAUGGGAAGAACAUCCAGGAUUCCCGAGUGCACUGCUGCCUCUGUUUCAUCUUGCCCUUCGGCCAGGGCCCUGACCAACCCCUGGUGGACGUGGCCUUCCUCCGGGCCGUGCAUGAGAAAGUCAACCUCAUCCCCAUAGUCGGCAAAGCAGACGCCCUGACACCCAAGGAAACCCAGGCUCUCAAGCAGAUGAUCCGGGACCAGUUGAAGGAGGAGGAGAUCAACGUCUACCAGUUCCCAGAAUGUGACUCCGAUGAGGAUGAACAGUUCAAGCGGCAGGAUGCCGAGAUGAAGGGGAGCGUCCCUUUCGCAGUCGUGGGCUCCUGCGAGGUGGUGAGGGACGGUGGGAAGAGGCCAGUGAGGGGACACUACUACCCCUGGGGCACCGUGGAGGUGCAGAACCCGCACCAAUGCGACUUCUUGGCCCCGAGGUGCACGCUGGUGCAGACACCCAGGCACGACUUGAAGGAGGUGACGCACGAGCUGCUCUGCGAAGGCUACUGGACCCGCUGCCUGCAGAGCCUGGCCCGCCCCGGGGCGCGGGACCGCCCCAGCCGCAGCAAGCUCGCCCGCCAGAGCGCCACCGAGAGCCCGCUGCCCGCAAUGCCCCUGGCCGAGGCGAAGCUGAUCCGUGAGAAGGACGAGGAGGAGGUGCUGGCGAGGAUGCGGAUGCGCAGUGAGCAGGAUCGCCGCCCCGCCCCUCGUCUCAUCAAUCAAAACAGCUUCCCGCCGGCCGCGUGCCUCCUUCCGGGCGGUGGAGCCGCCUCUCUCGGGUUGUGAGGUCAGUACUCCUACUCGGCCGGCCCUCCCUGCCUGUUGGGCAUUGCUGCGGCCCAGCCUUACACCUGAGUCCCCUCACAUCUGAAGGUGGCGCACGCCUGUAAGAGGCUGAGGCAGGAGGAUCGCCACGAGUUCGACGCCAGCCUGGGCUACAUAGUGAGUUCGAGGCCGGCCUGAACUACAUAGCGAGAGCCUGUCUCAAAAGACAAAAAUAAAGAAAGAA